CGGUGCCCGCGCCCCGUACACAGUGUCAGUUCAGUGUUGCCCCGCCCCCGCGCUUAUGUGCUAUGUGUUUGUGACAGUGGGGGAAUAUGUUAUUAGACAUGGAGCAGCACUCGACCCUCGGUUCUCUCAGUAUGUCCCAUUUCAGCCUGCCCAGCACGGGCGGGAGCGGCGAUGACGCCGCGGCAGGAGGCGGCGGCGGGGGCGGCAACUCGCCGCUCUACGGCUCCCCGCCGCUGUACUCCAUCACGGCCUCAGCCGCUCCCCAGCACUCCCCCGGGAUCAGCUAUGGAUACAACUUAGAGGCUUGUUUCUUUUCCCCCUCAGGUACCGGCGGCGGCCUGGAGCAGGUUCCCGGCUUCCAGCCGAUCCUCCAGCAGGGCUCCGAGCUGCCCGACACCAAGGAGGGCAUCGAGGAGCUCUGUCCCGUCUGCGGGGACAAGGUCUCCGGUUACCAUUACGGCCUCCUCACGUGCGAGUCAUGUAAGGGAUUCUUUAAACGGACCGUCCAAAAUAAGAAAGUGUACACAUGCGUUGCGGAAAGGAGCUGUCAUAUAGACAAGACCCAGAGGAAGCGAUGCCCCUUCUGCCGGUUCCAGAAGUGCCUCGACGUCGGUAUGAAGCUUGAAGCGGUUCGAGCGGAUAGGAUGAGAGGUGGAAGGAACAAGUUCGGACCAAUGUACAAGAGGGAUCGGGCGAGAAAGUUGCAGAUGAUCCGGCAGCGGCAGAUGGCCAUCCAGACCCUGAGGAACUCCUCGGGGUACACCAGCGGCAACGGCGGCAGCGGGGACGCUGUCACGUUGAGCUACACCAGCCCCGGAUCCAACUUCGGCGCCCUCCAGAUCAAGCAGGAGAUCCAGAUCCCGCAGGUCAGCUCGCUCACCUCCUCCCCCGACAGCAGCCCCAGCCCCAUCGCCGUGGCCCUCGGCCAGCAGCAGCAGCAGCAGCAGACCAGCAUGUACUCGGCCGUUCUGCCUGCCCAGCAGCUCCAGAUCCCCGAGCAGAGGGUCACCCAGCAGGUCUUCGAACAGUCCAAGCUCUGGCCGACCAACUCACCACCUCCCCAGAAGAGCUUCAGCUACGAGGGCCCGUCCUCCGGCAACAGCCAAGGGAAGGUUAGUCCCAUGAUCCGGGACUUCGUUCUAGCGAUAGACGACCAAGAGUGGCAAAAUUCACUCUAUAAUCUCCUUCAAAACCAAACGUAUAACCAGUGCGAGGUGGACUUAUUCGAACUCAUGUGUAAAGUGUUGGACCAAAAUCUGUUUUCGCAAGUAGAUUGGGCCAGGAAUUCGACCUUUUUCAAAGACCUCAAGGUUGAUGACCAGAUGAAACUCUUACAACAUUCUUGGUCUGAUAUGCUCGUAUUAGACCAUAUGCACCAUAGGAUGCAUAAUAACCUCCCGGAUGAAGCUACCCUGCCCAAUGGGCAGAAGUUCGACCUACUCAGCCUUGGUCUGUUGGGUGUCCCCAGCCUUGCUGAACCUUUCACAGAGAUUUCAACGAGGCUUCAAGACCUCAAGUUCGACCCCUCAGAUUAUAUCUCCAUCAAGUUUCUCUUACUUCUUAAUCCAGAUGUAAGGGGACUGAUGAACAGGAAGCACGUCCAGGAAGGUCACGAUCAGGUUCAGCAGGCCCUUCACGAUUAUUGCCUAACUUCUUAUCCGCAGGUUCAGGAUAAGUUCAAUAAAUUGUUAACGAUCUUGCCAGAAAUACACUCAAUAGCUGUACGAGGCGAAGAGCACCUUUACAUGAAACAUUGUAAUGGUGGUGCUCCAACACAGACAUUAUUAAUGGAGAUGCUGCAUGCAAAAAGGAAAUAAACAUUUCAGGAUGAUGUGGAAUGAGAAGCUGAUGAAUACAAAGUGCAAUAUGAGAGGGAAACGGGGAUCACGUGUUCAUAAGUUAAAUACUGAGUUACCUAGAGUGCCCCGAGAUGGCAGAUACCAGGCUCACGAUACUAUAUAGAACUCUUCUUCCUCUAGUGUCAGCGAGUGUGUGAUUAUGUGAAAAGCAGCGGUUAUAAGGACUAUGUAAUUUUGUAAAAUACUUUUAGACCUCAUGUUAGUGUACAGGAAAAAAAAUAAGAUGCCUUCAGAAAAGUACAAAGCACAUAAUAAAUUACUGUAUUUAAUAAAGGCAUUACUUUUAAAAAAUACCAGCAGUACAAUAUAGUAUAGUCCCCCAGGCACGAGACCGAUAUUUUUUUUUCUUAAUUUCUUAUAUUUAGAUUAUAAAUGGUUAAAGUUUAAAUACUUGAUUUCUUAUAGUUAUUUAUUUUAUCUUAUGUUGUUUGAACAUAACUGCUCAUUCUUUCUUUCCUUAAUUUUAGGUUAGUUAUGUUAGGUCGGUUUUGUGCCUGAUGAAUGUUUGUAAGUUUAAUGAGUUCUAGUUUACAUUCCACUUUUAACAAGUGAAUUGUUCUGGAAGGGAUACUUUGGGCAUCAAAAGUUAUUUAUGUUCUCAUUCGAGGAAUCGAUUUGCUUAAUGGUAUGUGAGGCGAGGAUCACAUAGCUUGCAAAUUAAAUAUAAUCUGUGUAACUAACAUUACAUAACAAAUAAAAAGAUUGAAAAAAUCUUAAAAAAGAAAAAAAAAAAGAAUUGUGUGUAAGUCAGUUUAUAAUAGAGAAUCGAAUGUUGUUAUGAAGUAAAUUGUUACAUUCCAAAACAGUUUCAACCAUUUUCAUUUGUUAUUAAUAAUUUCCCUGAAGGUUGUUGAAACAAAUUUUGGUUACGGUUAUUAAUGUUAGACAUUGCACAUUUUCUUUGUCUUUCUUUUACUAAUUGUUUCUUGUUUUUAUUUUAUUUUUUUUUUCAUUUUUUUUUAACACUCGAGGGUCAUGGUGUCGGGACAAAUAUUCUUUCUUAGCUUCUUUAUUUGCUUAAAAUACGAUGCGGUAAACAUCGGUUGUUUGCCGAUCAUCUCGCCAACAAGUUCAGCGUGUAUAGAAACAAAAGUUUUGCUUGGAAAAUUGUUUUAUUUGUGAGAAAGAUGAGCGUGUAUUUAAUAAUUAGUUUUAAUGUAAAUUUAUUAAGUAUGUGUGUGUCUUGACAGUUACCUAUUGAGAGGGAUAUCUCUCUUGUCCCAGACCAAAUGUAGCGUCCACUCUCCCAGUUCCUGGCCAGAAAAAACUUACUGCUCUUAAAUUCCAUAACACCUUGCACACAAGCAUAUAUUUUCAUUUAUAAAUAUGUAAAUAAAUAUAAAGAGUAUGCUAUAUUUUUCUGUAUCUAAGUAUAUAUAAAUAUAUAUAUAUAUAUAAAUAUAAUUUCAUACAAUUGGCCUUUUAGUGAAUAUAUGUAAAUAUGAGAUAUUAUUUUUUAAAAAUAUUUCCUUGGUUGAUAAAUGUCAUUUUGUGCAAUGUAUAGAGAACUAUGUAUAAAAUAAUUGAAAAUUUAAUUUACGUUUCUAACUUGUCCACUUUCUGUCACUGCCAGGCGUUUAUGAUCUGUCACUUAAGUUAAAUUGUAAAUUUGAUAUGUAUGUUGUAAAUUUGUGAUGUUAAUGGGGAGCGGAGGUAUUUUGGUAUGAGAUGAUAUAUAUAUUUUUAUGGGAAGCAGAAAUAAGCAUAAAUUCAACAAAAGUGAUAGUGAAAAGAAUAUUGUGAUGUAUAAGAGAGUUUAUUUUUAAAGGUGCAGUUGAAUUAUAAACCGGUUAGGCAGAUUUUAUUACUGUUAUUGAUUUAGCAGAGUUAUAUAGUUUUAUAGCUUCUAUAUUUUCAUUAAAGUUAUUUAUGUCGCAUCACAUUUUUGAAAUGCUAAGAGCUUUCUUAGUUCUUUAAAAGUAAAUUUUAAAAAAAUAUAUAUAUAUUGAGAAAGAGCCUACUUAAAUUAUGAAAUGAGGAAUGAUUAUUUUAUGAAUUGAUUGGAUUAUGAUAAGAAUAUUUUUAAAAAGUUAUUUUUAUAUGUAUAAAAAAUGUUAAUAAUAACAAAUUAUAAAACAGAAUCUACAAAAUGUUGUAAUUAAAUGUUGAAACAUUUAUGGGUCUCAUUAUAUGUAGAGUAUUCUCAUUUAAAUGUAAUGUGAAAAAAAAAAAAACCACAAUAGCUUGAAUUGUGAUAACUUUUUGAUGCUCCAUAUCUCAAUGUGAGGAGUCCAUGUGAUCAUUGUUUUGUUUGUUUUUUCUUUUCAGAUUGCCUCUGAUAUUUAAUCUACCAUUACUUUUAAUAUGUGUAUUAAGAAUGGAAAAUUGUUACCUCAAUUUAUAGUUAACUUGUAUUUUUACCAUUUUAACAAGUCAGCAUUACCAUGUGAAUAUUUUAUUAAUGAUAUACUGUUACAUUACUAUCAAUGUAUAUAUUGUUAGCAUCUUUUAUGUGGAUGCUGUUAAGAUUUUUUGUUCCUGGUUCAAAGGCAAAAUAUCAGGCAAUUUUUAAAUUAUUUUUUAUUUUAUAGAGGUUUCUAAAUUAUGCCUACAUAGUGUGUAUUUAAUUAUAGUUUGACAAUUUAUUAGAUUAUUCAUUGUUACUUUAAAAAGAAAAAAAUUGUCUACUGUUUUGCCUUUUUUCUUGGUAAACAAUUAUAUGUGAAUGAGAUGUAGGUAUAAAUAAAACCAAAAUAUUUUAUCUGUUUA